AUGGCUGCUCAGCUUGAGCAAGAGCGAGGUCAAUUGCGGCGCACGCUGUUCUACGAGACCCUCUGUCCGUACUGUCAGAGGUUCAUGGUCGAUCAAGUCGCCCCCAUCGUCGAUGAUCCGGAGACGGCCGAAUUCGUCGAUUUGGAUUUGGAAUUAAUCCCUUACGGUAACGUCCGCAAUGGUAAAUGUCAACACGGCCCAAUCGAGUGCGAAGGAAACGCCUAUCAUCGAUGCAUCAUUGGUAGCUCCACCUAUUCUACUAUAUUUGAUAACUUCACUAUAGACGUCCUUGACUACGAUCCUGCCAAAUAUCUCCCCGCCAUCCUCUGCAUGGAGGAGGCCUUCAAGAACUAUAACUUCACCGGCAUGGACCACGCUGCGAGAUUGGGCGAAGUUCACCGCUGCUACACUUCCCCCGAAAGGUCUGCGAAGCUCGAGGAAGCCGCCAAGAAGGAGACUGAGAGCCUCGACCCUCCUAAGCAGUUCGUCCCCUGGCUCACCGACGUUAAGGGGCAUCAGCUCCCUGAUGUUUACGCUGAUUUCAAAGGAUAUGUAUGUGGUUAUUUGAAGAACAACAGCUACGCGAUGCCGCCGGUUUGCCGACCGACCAUUUCUCUCAAUCUAUACUACGGCUCUCUAGACCCCGCUAGCGUCACUUUCAUCACUGAGCAGCUCAACCCCGCUUUGUCCGUGUUCCAAAGGUUCGUCAACUUCAACAUAUCUCUGGUCCCCUACGGCCGCACGGUGCCCACCAUUGGAGGUGGAGCUACUUGUAUUCACGGAGUAUCCGAAUGCGCACUCAACGCGUACGAGCGUUGUGUUAUUGAUGCUUUCCAUAAGGAUCCUGGCGCUGCUUUGGCUACCGUUGGCUGCAUGACUGACAGGCUUCAGAAUUUCGAUAAUGUCACAGCAUUUUGGUUCCAGUACCAAUUGGAAGCCGUUGCCGCUGGGUGUAUCGGCGCGAUCCCUGCCUUUACAGGUGCGAAGUUCGGCGAGGUUGAGCAGUGUCACUAUAACUCCACGAUGACUGCUGAGCUCUCUGCGCGCGCUGGAAAUGCGACUGCCCGAGUCUCCCUACCGACCGCUGGGGGUCCUUUGCUUACCGAGGUGGAUGGUACUGCGUUACCACCAACCGUAUAUACAGACUUCCAGGGUUACCUACGUAAAUUCUUAGCCGAUGGAGAUUUUGAGCAGCCUCCUAUCUCGUCUGUUACUGCUACAGGGUAA